AAAGAGGAAGGAAAGGACAGUUAAAUAUAUGUCAACCACAGAAUUCACACUAACUGCCAGUAUGUUGACUCACUGUACAAUACCUCUCCCUUUUACUUCACUCUACUGCAGGGUGGGAGAUGGAACAAUGUCCUUGAGAACAGCAGGAAGUGUGUUGGUGGUCUUUCUCUGGUUUGUAGCAGUGGUACUGGGUCAGGAUGGCUGGAGUGUGACAUACUCCACUCAGAGUAUCUGUGCCUUGAAGGGGUCAACAGUGGAUCUGUUCUGCUUUUACACAUAUCCCAGAGGUCAUACAGUCACAACAACCUUCUGGUUCACUAAAAUUGUAAAUCUGAGAGACGACCCAGACUACAAAGGUCGUGUGACGUAUCGUAGUGAUAGGAUGAAUGGCCACACCCUGAAAAUCACAGACCUGAUGGAGAGUGACUCAGCUGAGUACAAGUUCAAAUUUAUAACAGAUCAGACUGGAGGGAAAUAUACUGGUGAUCCUGGAGUCACUCUGUCUGUUACAGACCUGCAGGUUAAGGUGAUCACUACAUGGUGGUUAAUGACACUGACCUGUAGCACCACCUGUAUUCUGACUGGUAACCCCACCUACAUCUGGUACAGGAACAGUACGAUUGUACAAGGGGCCUCCUCCUCCUCAUACUCAUUGUACUUAAAAACUGAAGACAGCUUCUACUGUGCUGUAAAAGGCAUCAAUUCUCCUGCAGUGUAUGGCCCAAAGAACACCUCAAUGUCAGUCAGUCCCUCUGGUGAAAUAGUGGAGGGCAGUUCAGUGACUCUGACCUGCAGCAGUGAUGCCAACCCACCUGUGAACAAAUACACCUGGUACAAGAAGAACGUAACCUCACCAAAAGCAUCAGGACAGAGUUACAGCAUCACUAACAUCAUCUCUGAGGACAGAGGAGAAUAUUACUGUGAGGCUGAGAAUACAAUAGGAUCUAAGAUCUCUACAGCUCAGAUGAUCAUUGUAGCAGGGAAACAAACCUCAGUUCUGACUGCAGCUGUAGGAAUCACAGUGUUUAUUCUGGUUCUCAUCCUCUUUCUGCCUUGCUUCAUGUGGUUCAGGAGAUCCACAGGAGGAAGUAAUGCAACAUCAGACACACAGAGUGUCCAUCCUGACCCUAACAGUGACACGUACACAGCACUGAACAUGAAGACCAGGUCACCAGAGUAUGACACCCUGGCAAAUUUGAGGGACUCCUCUAUGGUACUCGGGCAGUAUGGAGGGAGUGUGACCUACACCAAGAAUAGUAUCUGUGCCUUGAAGGGGUCAACUGUGGAGCUGUCCUGCUCUUACACAUAUCCCAGAGGUCAUAGAGUCACAACAAUUGGAUGGUCUUAUUGGAAUAGUGGUGCGGGUCGAUUUGUUGAAAUCCAAUCUAAUAAUGAGGGUCGUGUGGAGUACUGUCAGACAACAGAGAAGGACUCUACCCUGAGAAUCACAGACCUGAGACAGAGUGACAAAGAUACAUAUUACUUCAGAUAUAAAACAGACAAGUCCGAUUGGAAAACUGCCCAACGUGGAGUCACUCUCUCUGUCACUGAACUGCAGGUGGAGGUGACAGGACAAUGGAAUGUGAAAACACUGACCUGUAGAACCAGCUGCAGCCUGCCUGGUAACCCCACCUACGUCUGGUACAAGAACAGACAAUAUCUAGAUGAGAGAACUUCCUCUAUAUACUCUAACUAUGUCUACAGUAAGGAUGCAGGCAGCUACUCCUGUGCUGUAAAAGGCCAUGAGGAUCUCCACUCUCCUGCAGUCUGUGUUCAUAAUUCAAACUGCUGGAGUGUGACUUACACCAAGAGGAGAAUCUGUGUCUUGAAGGGCUCCACAGUGGACAUAUCCUGCUCUUACACUCAUCCCACUAGUUAUAUAGAACAAGGUUCAUUCUGGUUUACACAGAAACACCCUGUAGAUGUCAGGUCAUAUCCAGAGUCUGCAGGUCGUGUGCAGUACAAUAGGAACACAGAGAACCACCACACCAUGACAAUAACACACCUGACAGAGAAGGACUCGGCUGAAUACAUAUUCAGAUUAAUAACAACAGAUGAGGGGAGAUUUUCUGGUCUUCCUGGAGUGAUGUUGACUGUCACAGAUAUCCUGUUGGAGAUGGAUCCUACGUCUGUGUCAGAGGGGGAGAGAGUCACACUGAGAUGUAGAACCAAAUGUACAGUCGGUCUCAACCCCACCUACAUCUGGUACAAGAACAGACAACGUCUGACCAACACAAUCACCAGUUAUAACAGUCUGAUCCUAGAACCAAUCAGCAGUGAGGAUGCAGGGAACUACUCCUGUGCUGUAGAAGGCUUUGAGAGAAUCCUCUCUCCAGAAGUGACUCUCACUGUCAGAUAUGGUCCAAGGAACACCUCAGUGUCAGUCAGUCCCUCUGGUGAAAUAGUGGAGGGCAGUUCAGUGACUCUGACCUGCAGCAGUGAUGCCAACCCACCUGUGGACAAAUACACCUGGUACAAGAAGAAUGGAGGUCACUAUCAGAGUAUCUCCAAUCAGAACACAGGACCACAUCAUACCUUCAAUCAAAUCAAGUCAUCUGAUACUGGGGAGUACUACUGCGAGGCCCAGAAUGAGUUGGGGACAGACAGGCCUGAGUCUAUCAACAUGGAUGUGAAAUAUGGCCCAAAGAACACCUCAGUGUCAGUUAGUCCCUCUGGUGAAGUAGUGGAGGGCAGUUCAGUGACUCUGACCUGCAGCAGUGAUGCCAACCCACCUGUGGACAAAUACACCUGGUACAAGAAGAAUGGAGGUCACUAUCAGAGUAUCUCCAAUCAGAACACAGGACCACAUCAUACCUUCAAUCAAAUCAAGUCAUCUGAUACUGGGGAGUACUACUGCGAGGCCCAGAAUGAGUUGGGGACAGACAGGCCUGAGUCUAUCAACAUGGAUGUGAAAUAUGGCCCAAAGAACACCUCAGUGUCAGUCAGUCCCUCUGGUGAAAUAGUGGAGGGCAGUUCAGUGACUCUGACCUGCAGCAGUGAUGCCAACCCACCUGUGGACAAAUACACCUGGUACAAGAAGAACUUAACCUCACCAAAAGCAUCAGGACAGAGUUACAGCAUCACUAACAUCAUCUCUGAGGACAGAGGAGAAUAUUACUGUGAGGCCCAGAAUGGAAGAGGAUCUAUGAACUCUACAGCUCUGAUGAUCAUUGUAGCAGGGAAACAAACAUCAGUUCUGACUGCAGCUGUAGGAAUCAUAGUGGUGGUUCUGGUUCUCAUCCUCUGUCUCUCUGGACUCAUGUGGUUCAGGAGAUCCACAGCAGGAAGUGAUGCCACAACAGGGAUACAGAGUGUCCAUCCUGAUCCUAACAGUGACACGUACACAGCUCUGAACAUGAAGACCAGGUCACCAGAGUAUGACACCCUGGCAAAUGUGAGGGACUCCCCCACUGUCACAAUCCCUCAGAUAGAUGCUGAUGCCUCCGAUUAUGAGAACUACAACCUGUCCUGAAGAGAACCACCACAGAACCUGGACUAAAGAGAAACACCACAGAACCUUGAGUGAAGAAAACCACCACAGAACCUUGAGUGAAGAAAACCACCACAGAACCUUGAGUGAAGAGAACCACCACAGAACCUGGACUGAAGAGAACUACCACAGAACCUGGACUGAAGAGAACCACAACAGAACCUGGACUGAAGAGAACCACCACAGAACCUGGACUGAAGAGAACCACAACAGAACCUGGACUGAAGAGAACCACCACAGAACAUGACUGAAGAGAACCACCACAGAACCUGGACUGAAGAGCAACAGCAUGAAACCAAAGCUAGGCCUCACAAUGCUAUUCUCUUACUAUCAUUAUGCUUUCUUAUCUAUUAGGUUUUCCAGACAAUGACCUUUAACUUUUGAGUGAAUGCUGGAAUUUAGAUUGUUCUCCUAAUGAUAAAUACAGUAUGUGUAUAGAUGAUAAAUACAGUAUGUAUAUAGAUGAUAAAUACAGUAUGUGUAUAGAUGAUAAAUACAGUUUGCAUAUAGAUGAUAAAUGGGAUAGAUUAUG